UGCUCCCUAUAUAUAAGGAUUGACAUAUAUUCCUCUUUCUUUCAAGCUUUUGCUUAUUAAAAGUCAUGGCUUUUUUGCUAAGUUCAAGCCAAACCAGUGUCAAUUCAUUGUUCUCUCUUUCACUUCCCAUUAAACAACAGCGGCCUCGUGUGCUUGUCAAUAGUGUUUCCUGCAGAGCCACCAAAGUUAUUGGUAGUGAAAAUAAUUCAACCAAUUUCUAUGAGCUCCUUUCUUUGAGUCCAAACAACGCAAACAUCAACGAGAUAAAGAAAGCAUACAGAAGCAAGGCUCUUCGAUAUCACCCUGAUGUUUGUCCACCUCCCAUGAAGGAAGAGUCGACCAUAAUGUUUGUUCAACUGAAUGCUGCAUACAAGACUCUGUCAGAUCCUAUGUUGCGCAAAGAGUAUGAUUGUGAAUUGUUGGGGCUGAGAAAUAAUUAUGGAUCAACAUUGAAGAUGGAUGUGGAUGUUGCAAGAACUAGGUGGCAAGAACAAAUUAAUGGAUUGAAAAGGAGGUCAAAUCGUCGUACGGCUCAAAAGGAGGGGUCAAGGGGUAGUAGAAUAAGGGCUCAGAAUACGAGGAACAAGGACUAAUAUUUUCAUUUUAAAAAAAAAAUUACAUGUCAAUAGUUCUCAGGGUCUGGGCAAUUUAUCUGUUGUAUUUGUUAUUACUUUGUAAUAGUUUGUUCUAAAUUUAUUUAUUAACAUUUUACACGUAAAUAUGAAACCACGUACAAUACAUCGUACGGAAGAAUUCUUUAUUUA